AUGUUGGAGCACAAACGCACACUCGUAGCCCCUACUCGUGGUACUCAGCGCCUGAAAUGCCAGCUGUACUCUUUUUCGCAUCAAUACAUUCCACUUUACUUCACGGUGGCCAUUCUGUCUUCCCCACUAUUUUGUCCUAUUACGAACACGGAUACGACUCAGGGCGCUGCACUACUCUGUGUCCUCAACUGCGGAGGCAGCGGACUUGACAGACAGAGGUAUUCGCGUUAA